AAAGUGUGAUAGCGCUGAAAGCUGAAAAUUGGCCUGGGGGCAGGAAGGGGGUGAAAGUGUCCGGACAGGAAGAAGGGGGGGAAAGUGUCCGGACUAGAAGGGGGUGAAAGUGUCUGGACUGGAAGGGGGUGAAAGUGUCCGGACUGGAAGGGGGUGAAAGCGUCCGGACAGGAAGGGGGGAAAGCGUCCGGACUGGAAGGGGGUGAAAGCGUCCGGACUGGAUGGGGGGGAAAGCGUCCGGACUGGAAGGGGGGGGGAAAGCGUCCGGACUGGAAGGGGGGGAAAGCAUCCGGACUGGAAGGGGGGGAAAGUGUCCGGACUGGAAGGGGGGGAAAGCGUCCGGACUGGAAGGGGGGGAAAGCGUCCGGACAGGAAGGGGGGGAAAGCGUCCGGACCGGAUGGGGGGGAAAGCGUCCGGACUGGAAGGGGGGGAAAGCGUCCGGACUGGAAGGGGGGGAAAGCGUCCGGACUGGAAGGGGGGGAAAGUGUCCGGA